AUCGAUCAUCUACUAUUUCGAAUCUCCGGUGAAGUUUACCUCGGCUCUCAGUAUGAAGUUGAAGCUCAUGAUAACAAUCUUCACUUGCUUACUACUUUGGUCGGUGAUGUUACUUUCAUUCUCCAACAUCUUCAAACACCAGCUUCUUGGUGCUACAAUCAACGUAGCUUCAAAGGAUUUUGUAAAACCGAGAGAUAAACUGUUAGGAGGGCUAUUAACCGCUGAUUUCGACCAAGAUUCUUGUUUGAGCAGGUAUCAGUCUUCCUUGUAUCGCAAACCUUCGCCUUACAACACUUCUCAUUAUCUUGUCUCUAAGCUUAGAAACUAUGAGAUGCUUCACAAGCGUUGCGGUCCAGGCACAGAUGCUUACAAGAAAGCAACAGAGAAUCUUGGUCAUGAUGAUGAUGAGAAUUAUUCAAGAAAAUCUGUUGGUGAAUGCAAAUAUAUUGUGUGGGUUGCUGUUUAUGGGCUUGGAAACAGAAUACUUACUCUUGCUUCUGUGUUCCUCUAUGCUCUCUUGACUGACAGAAUCAUUCUUGUCGACCAACGCAAGGACAUAAGUGAUCUCUUCUGUGAGCCUUUUCCGGGUACUUCAUGGUUACUUCCUCUUGAUUUCCCAUUGAUGGGUCAGAUAGAUAGUUUUGACCGAGAAUACUCGCACUGCCACGGAACAAUGUUGCGGAAUCAUACCAUUAACUCGACUACAAUCCCAUCCCAUCUUUAUCUUCAUCUUCUCCAUGAUUACAGGGAUUAUGACAAGAGGUUCUUCUGCGAAAAUGAUCAAUCUUUGGUCGACAAAGUCCCUUGGGUGGUUGUCAAAUCCAAUCUUUACUUUAUUCCAUCUCUAUGGUUGAAUCCUAGUUUCCAACCCGAACUAAUCAAGCUAUUCCCACAGAAAGACACCGUCUUCUACCAUUUGGCUCGCUAUCUUUUUCACCCGACAAACCAAGUUUGGGGUAUGGUCACUAGAUCCUACAAUGCUUACUUAUCAAGAGCAGACGAGUUACUUGGGAUUCAAGUGCGGGUCUUCAGCAGACAGACUAAAUAUUUCCAGCAUGUAAUGAACCAGAUUGUAGCAUGUACACAAAGAGAGAAACUUUUACCUGAAGCAGCUGCACAAGAAGAAUCACAAGUAACAAAUACAACAAAACCCCCAAAACUUAAAGCAGUCCUGGUCACAUCUCUGAAUCCAGAAUACUCUAACAACUUAAAGAACAUGUAUUGGGAACGCCCAACUUCAACAGGAGAGAUAGUCAAAGUUUAUCAGCCAAGUGGGGAAAGGUUUCAGCAAACAGACAAGAAGCUUCACGACCAAAAGGCUUUAGCAGAGAUGUACCUCCUAAGCCUAACUGAUAAGCUUGUCACAAGCGCUUGCUCUACUUUUGGAUAUGUUGCUCAAGGUCUAGGAGGGUUAAAGCCAUGGAUACUCUACACACCAAAGAAGUUCAAAACUCCUGAUCCACCAUGUGGCCGUGCUGUGUCCAUGGAGCCUUGUUUCCUUACCCCUCCAGCUCAUGGAUGCGAAGCCAAGAAGAGUAUUAAUACAGCUAAAAUAAUUCCUUUUGUAAGACAUUGUGAGGAUCUUAGACACUCAGGGCUUAAGCUAGUUGAUGAUACGAACGAUGAGUUAUAAAUUUUUCUUUUUUCAAA